CACAGGAAUUGAUUUGUGAGUUUGCUUCUCAAAUUUUCUGCCACGUCGUUUGUAACACAUCUGUAAGGCUGUUUUAAUUGAUAAUGGUACAAUUGGUAUUGUCUUAUGUAGAAGCGAGUUUAGGGUACUUGGUUGUUACAUGCCCUUUCCUUCUACUCUGCCAUUUCAAUUCAUUGCUUUAUUCAUCAAAGCUUCUCACUAAUUUGUAUUGAUUGUGCAAUCUACGUAUUUUUUAUUUUCACUAUUGAAUUAGUUUUAAUAGCCGGAAUUUUUUUUUUCAAGAAACCAUGGUCUUCCCUAAAUAUAUGAACUUGUUGAAUUCAAAAACCGUAAACAAUUAUAGUUUUGAGUUUUUGACUCGAAUCACACACCAUACAACUAGUUUAAAAUUGAUUGUAUUGCUAUUGCUAGUUUGACCGGUGGUUAGCUUGAUUUUAUGCAAUGUCUGUCGCUCUUAAAUUAUCGAGAAGUAAAGGUUCAAUUUGAUUAAUAAAAAAUGUUUUGUAUUUUGAUUACGAGGGAAUAAGUGAAUGUUAAUGUUAUUGAAUACAGAGGAUCAAUUUAGCUCAAUUAGAUAUCAAAUUCUUAUUCUUACAUGUUAUUUAUAUCUUUAAAUUCGAUUUCCUCAUGAAGUCAUGAGCACGUUGGGAGGAUGAUAUAAGAUGUAUUACAAUGUAACUUGUCGUAAAAUGUCUUCCUAACUCCAACAAAAAAACAAAAAAAAAAAAAAAAAAAAAAAACUCAAAUCCUCCAUGUUUUGACAUUUGACACCAUUAGGCAAUAGGCCUUAAACCCUAAACCCUCCUUUAUUCUCUCUUUCUUCAUCUCUUUCCUCCCUCCUUAAACCUCUUCAUUGUAGCAGAAAAACCUCUCAAAAUCCAACAAAAAUGUCAUUCUCUCGUUCCAUUCGACUCGUUCGUCAACUCUCAACCACCACCACUACCAACCCCACCUCCUCAAUUUCAAUCUCCAAAGCAAAAUUCAAGCUCAGAGCAGAACACGACCCAGAUAAAGCCCUACAAAUCUACUCCUCUGUUUCCGACCAUUACACUUCCCCUGUUUCCUCUCGUUAUGCCCAGGAACUCACUGUUCAACGCCUCGCCAAAGCUCGCCGCUUUUCCGACAUUGAAGCUCUCAUUGAAUCCCACAAAAAAACUCCCCAAAUCACCCAAGAACCGUUUUUGUGUUCUUUGAUUCGAUGUUAUGGGAAAGCAGGUAUGUUUGAUCAUGCCCUUAGUACUUUUAAUCAAAUGGAUGAAUUGGGUACUCCUAGAACUACGCUUUCUUUUAAUGCUUUGCUUGCUGCUUGUAAUCAUUCUAAGUUGUAUGAUAAUGUACCCCAACUGUUCGACGAAAUGCCUAAGAGACAUGGGUUUGUUCCUAAUGAGGUUUCUUAUGGGAUUUUGAUUAGGAGUUUUUGCGGGAAGGGUGAUCCUGAAUUGGCUUUGAAAACUUUGGGGGAAAUGGAGGAGAAGGAUGUUGAGGUUACUGCUGUUGCUUUUACUACUAUUUAUGAUGCAUUUUGUAAGAAAGGGAUGAGUGAUGAGGCCGAGCGCAUUUGGAAUGAGAUGGUAAAUAAGGGGUGUUUGAUUGAUGCUGCGGCGUAUAAUGUAAGGAUUGGUCAUGCUUAUGGCGGCGAGCCUGAGGAUGUGAUGCGGUUGAUUGAAGACAUGGCUGCGGCGGGGUUGAAACCGGAUGCUAUUAGUUAUAAUUAUUUGUUGACUUGUUAUUGUAGAAAUGGGAGGAUGGAUGAGGCUAUGAAACUUUAUCUAGAAUUGGAUGCUAGUGGGUUUAAACCGAAAGCUGCAACGUUUAGGACUUUGGUUCAUUAUCUGUGUAAGAAUGAAGAGUUUAGGAAAGGUUAUGAUGUGUUUAAGCGUAGUGUUUUUCAUAACAAAAUUCCGGAUUUUGCAACUUUGAAGGUUUUGGUGGAAGGAUUGGUGGCUAAGAACAACAAGAAGGACGCGAAGGGAUUGAUUAGGACUGUUAAGAAGAAGUUCCCGCCUAAUGUUUUGAAUGCUUGGAAGAAAGUUGAGGUUGAACUUGGUUUGGUAUCACAAGAAUCUUCUGCUACUAUGCCUGAAGUGAAAGAGGCUGCAAAAUAGUGGUUCUCUAGAGACGCUACGGGUUAGAAUUAGUGUGGUUAGAUCAAAUACAAAUUUCAAGUGAUCUUACUUGAGGAAGGGCACAUGAAAUUGGAUACAGCCCAUACAUGAUAUGAUUGCGACAAUGAUCAAACAACUGUGCAGAUUACUCAUUUAUGAUUUCUGGAGAAGGUCUUUGAUUUUGAACUAGACCGCAGUCCACAACUAUGAUUUUUGACCCAAGUUAUGUAUUUACUUCCCCUUUCCCUUUGACAGAAGAGGACUUAAAUGGUUCCUUUUACCUCAAUUUUGUAUGAUUUUGAGGCUUCAGAUUUUUUGAAGUCCAUUUUAAGGCAUAAUGAUAAAUAUUAUGUCAUUUUUAAUAGGCAAUGCAAUAAAUAUUAAACUCGUUGUUAUCUUUUCCCAUCUUGCUCCAUUUCUAAUUUGAAUAUCAUUGAAGCUUACUUUAUUUGG